AGCCAAUGGGAGGACGCGUUGAGCCGAGGUGGUGGAAUUUGAGCCAAUCGUGUUGCGCCGCUUUGGAGAGACGCUGAGGCAGCUCUGCCGGGAUACUAACAGCUACGGAAAAAGGGCUAAAUAGUCGCUGAGAGAAGAAGAAAUCCUCCAACUGCCGUGUUGUUUUCAGCGAUGUAGAGAAAAGGGACUGUAAGAAAGCAGGACCCAUGACCCUGACACGAGGAUCCUUCACCUACUCCAACGGCGAGGAGUACCACGGGGAAUGGAAAGAAGGUCUGCGUCAUGGCCUCGGUCAGCUGACCUUCAGCGACGGGACGUGCUACACCGGACAGUUUGAGAACGGCCUCUUCAAUGGCUGUGGGGUGCUGGUGUUUCCUGAUGGCUCCAGGUAUGAGGGUGACUUUGUGCAGGGAAAGUUCCAAGGAGCCGGCGUCUUCACUCGCUUCGAUGGCAUGAGGUUUGAGGGCGAGUUUAAAGGCGGAUGUGUGGACGGCUACGAAAAAGCAUCAGAAACACUAGCCAAAAUGGAGUCCCAAGUGCAUCAGAACUACCACCACGGCCAUCAACUGGUUGGUCAGCAUGGCGAUGUUUGCGUCUUGCAUCACCAAACUUACUUGUGCGCUGACAGUACGUCCUGUGCAUCUUCUUCACGGUGGCAAACAGACUUUAGGGUCAUUACUGCCACCUACUGGGCUGGAGUUUGCAUCAAUUUAACCGGUGUGGCAGAAAUUAGGGAACUGAGAAAGGUGUAAUUAAAUGCGAUUUUUUUAACGUGUUAUUUUUUCUGUAAUUAAUUCAUUGAAAUUAACACGUUAAAGUUACAUUAAUCCUCUAUAAUCUUGUUACUGAAAGUAAACAUUAAAAGGUUUAACAUUGUGAUGUGACUUGUGUUACUUGCUAAGCUUCCUGCUGUAAAGUCUAACCUGCUAAUUUUUAUUUUUACAUAAGACUAAAUACCCGACUGGUUAGCUACUGUAUCUCUCUGUGCUCUUUGUUUUGUUUCCAAAAGUAGUUUUUAAUUAUAUUAAACUGUGAAAUGUG